AUGCCCGUCAUUUCGCUGGCUCUGAAACCCGCACCCCCGCUGCUCCCCGGGCUGACGAUCCGCCAGAAGAUCGCCAAGCUCGACCUCCUGGGGGAGUUCUUCCUCUUCUCCGCCCUGAUCUGCUUACUCCUCGCCUUGCCGUGGGGCAACAGCAGCUAUCGCUGGGGUAACUGGCGGAUCAUCCUCCUUUUCAUUCGGUUCGGCAUCUGCCUGGUCACCUGGGUAGUGGCCGAGGCCCUCACGCCGAAGACGGCGAACAUUCAGCUCCGAGUGAUCAAGAACCGCAGCGUCGAGGCCGCGAUGUGGUUUAUGUUCUGCCUGCUGUCCAUAACGCUGAUGCUGAUCUACUACCACCCCGUCUGGCUGCAAGCCAUCAAGAACAAGAGCGCGGUAGAGUCCAGUAUCGACAACCUUCCGCUAGCCCUUUCCCUAGUGGCCGGCGGUCCGGCCAGCUGGUGGGGCGCCCUGGGCUACUACACCCCAUUCACCAUGGCCUCUUCGUGCCUCUUGCCCGUCGGGGCGGGCCUGGUCUCCACCUUCAAGGUCGACAGCGGCUCCGGAAUGUGGAUCGGUUACCAGAUUAUCCUCGGCUUCGGAAUCUGUCUGGGGAUGCAGCACGCCUCGGUAGCCGUGCAGGUGGUGCUGCAGCCGUGGGACGUUCCCAUGGGCGUCUCACUGGUCUUUUUCUGCCAGCAGCUCGGCGGGGCCAUCUUUGUCUCGGUCGGUCAGAAUGUCUUUGACCAGAAGCUGAUUGCCGGGUUGACGAGUGUGGUUGAUGACUUGGAUCCGCAAACCAUUGUCAUUACCGGUGCGACCAACCUGCGCCAUAUCGUACCCGCGGUGGAUCUGCAUGAGGUGCUGGUGCAGUACAACGAUACGCUGCGGUGUGUUUUCAUUGUUAGGACGAUCAUGUCGUCGCUCUCAGCACUUGGCUCGUUUGCGCUGGAAUGGAAAGCAGUCAAGGGAAAGCAUGGAGGGGAAGACGAGGAGGAGGAGGCCUAG